ACACACACAAACAAAUAAAAAUAAAAAUAAAAAUAAAAAUAAAAAUUACCAUUUUCCUUUAUAAUGAUUUUCGUGCUUCUCUCAUCUGCACCAGCAUAAUAGUAUUAUACCUUUUUGUUGCAAAACCAGAUCAUUAGUAAGAUCAAAAUCCAUUGGAUUCUUCCCAUUCACUAUUUCUGAUCUCUCAUACAGCAGUCAAUCGACUGUUACAAUUAACCAAGUGCCCCUCAACUAGUUCAUUGUAGUCCCGAAAGCUUUAUAUAGUUGCGCGGGGUGCGAUUCCUACAGUUUUGCGGCUAGCUGGAACUACAGUUUGAUUGGAAAAGGGAAAGGUGCUGGAUUGAUGAAUGGGGGGUUUUGAUUUACGGCUUGUUUGGGUAAGUUGGAGUGGGAGUGGGAGUGGGAAUUCAUUUGUUAAUGUCACGAAACUACGAUAGGAUGAGCAAUUCUGAUGUCAGCCGAGCUGGUGGGUCCGUCGAGAGGGACAUCGAGCAGGCCAUCACUGCUCUUAAGAAAGGCGCAUACUUACUCAAGUACGGAAGAAGAGGAAAGCCUAAGUUCUGUCCAUUUCGGUUGGCAAAUGAUGAGUCUGUUCUGAUAUGGUUCUCUGGCAAAGAGGAGAAACAUCUUAAGUUGAUUCAUGUGUCCAGAAUUAUAUCUGGUCAGCGCACUCCAAUUUUUCAAAGGUAUCCGCGGCCUGAGAAGGAAUACCAGUCCUUUUCUCUUAUAUACAAUGACAGAUCUCUUGACUUGAUAUGCAAGGAUAAGGAAGAAACAGAGGUAUGGUUUAGUGGGCUGAAGGCAUUAAUUUCACGUUGUCAUCAGCGUAAAUGGAGAACAGAAUCAAGGAGUGAUGGAAUUUCAUCUGGAGCCAAUAGUCCCAGAACAUACACGAGGAGAAGUUCUCCAUUGAGUUCUCCAUUUGGAAGUGGUGAUAUAUUGCAGAAGGAUGGUGCUGAUGAACUUCGCCUCCAUAGUCCAUAUGAAAGCCCUCCCAAAAAUGGUCUGGAUAAGCCAUUUACAGAUAGGCUAUUGUAUCCUGUGCCUCCCAAGGGUUUCUUUCCAUCAGAUUCUGCUAGUGUUUCUGUUCAUUCCAUAUCAUCUGGAGGCUCAGAUGGCAUACAUGGUCACACAAAAGGAAUGGGAGUGGAUGCUUUUAGAGUGAGCCUUUCAAGUGCUGUAAGCUCAUCAAGUCAAGGUUCUGGUCAUGAUGAUGGUGAUGCUUUAGGUGAUGUCUUCAUUUGGGGAGAAGGCACAGGAGAUGGUGUUAUGGGUGGUGGACCCCAUACAAUUGGUAGUUGUGGUAGUGUGAAAAUGGAUUCUUUUUUGCCCAAGUCAAUGGAGUCUGCAGUUGUACUAGAUGUUCAGAAUAUUGCUUGUGGAGGACGACAUGCUGCCUUAGUGACCAAGCAAGGGGAGAUUUUCUCUUGGGGUGAGGAAUCAGGAGGUAGGCUUGGGCAUGGUGUGGAUUCUGAUGUAUUGCAUCCAAAGCUCAUUGAUGCCCUCAGUAGUACAAAUAUCGAGCUUGUUGCGUGUGGUGAAUAUCAUACUUGUGCCGUCACACUCUCUGGUGAUUUGUACUCAUGGGGUAAUGGUCAUUUUGGUCUUCUAGGGCAUGGGAAUGAAGUGAGUCAUUGGGUGCCAAAAAGAGUAAAUGGGCCACUGGAGGGAAUACACGUUUCUUCCAUUUCAUGUGGGCCCUGGCAUACUGCUGUUGUGACGUCUUCAGGGCAGUUGUUUACUUUUGGUGAUGGAACGUUUGGGGUUCUCGGUCAUGGAGAUCGAGAAAGUGUUUCAGUGCCUAGAGAAGUGGAAUCCCUGAAGGGUCUCCGGACAGUACGAGCAGCUUGUGGUGUUUGGCAUACUGCUGCAGUUGUUGAAGUUAUGGUUGGAAAUUCAAGUUCCAGCAAUUGUUCUUCAGGCAAACUUUUUGCGUGGGGAGACGGUGACAAAGGACGACUUGGACAUGGUAAUAAGGAAUCAAAACUUGUUCCAACGUGUGUUGCUGCUCUUGUGGAGUCAAACUUCUGUCAGGUUGCUUGUGGGCACAACCUGACUGUUGCUCUUACAACUUCUGGCCAUGUGUACACAAUGGGCAGUCCUGUUUAUGGGCAACUAGGAAACCCACAAAGUGAUGGAAAGCUCCCAUCUCGUGUUGAAGGAAAACUUGCGAAGAGCUUUGUGGAUGAAAUAGCUUGUGGUGCAUAUCAUGUGGCAGUGUUGACGUCAAGAACUGAAGUUUAUACUUGGGGUAAAGGAGCAAAUGGUAGAUUGGGUCAUGGAGAUACAGAUGACAGAAGUUUUCCAACUAUAGUGGAAGCUUUAAAAGAGAAGCAAGUGAAAAGUAUAGCUUGUGGUACUCAUUUUACUGUGGCUAUCUGCCUUCACAAGUGGGUCUCAGGGGUUGAUCAUUCCAUGUGUUCUGGCUGCCGCCUACCUUUUAACUUCAAAAGAAAACGUCACAAUUGUUAUAACUGUGGACUUGUCUUUUGUCAUUCAUGCAGCAGCAAGAAGUCACUGAGGGCUUCUAUGGCACCAAACCCCAAGAAACCAUACCGUGUAUGUGAUAGUUGUUUCAAUAAAUUGAAGAAAGCUAUUGAAACAGAUGCAUCAUCUGAAACAUCUGUGAGCAGAAGAGGUAGUAUGAAUCAGGGGCCAAACAAUCUUAUAGAGAAAACUAAUAAGUUGGAUGGCAGAUUGCGUCCCCAUCUAGCUAGGUUCUCUUCAAUGGAAUCCUUGAAACAAGGAGAGAGUCAAUCUUCAAAGAGAGGCAAAAAAAUAGAACUCAACGGCAGUCGUGUAUCACCCAUUCCUAAUGGAAGUUCCCAAUGGGGGCCUCUUAGCAUCUCCAAAUCUUUCAAUCCUGUAUUUGGAUCAUCCAAGAAAUUUUUCUCAGCUUCAGUUCCUGGAUCAAGGAUUGUUUCUCGUGCAACAUCACCAAUAUCAAGACGGUCCAGUCCCCCUCGUUCUACUACACCAACCCCUACUUUGGGAGGACUUGCAUCCCCAAAAUUUGUGUUGGAUAAUGAGAAAACGACAAACAAUAGCCUUAGCAAGGAAGUUAAUAAAUUAAGAGCACAGGUGGAGAAUCUUACUCGGAAGGCUCAACUUCAAGAGUUAGAGCUAGAAAAAACUACUAAACAGUUGAAGGAGGCGAUAACAAUUGCGGGGGAAGAGACUGCCAAAUGCAAAGCAGCCAAAGAAGUGAUAAAGUCUCUUACUGCACAAGUAAGAACGCCUUCAGUCAUCCAUUUAGCUAUUUUAUAAAUGAUGAGUUGUGGA